AAUUUAUGAAUGGCAAAGCAACGUGUCCCUGAGAUGUAAUUGCAGUCGCGACAUUCUCUGAAUAUGUAGAAAAAGUUUUGAUUUCCAAUAUUUUUCAAGCUUUCAAGUUGCUCAGGUCGUUACGAUUGUCGCGGCGAGUUUAUCGGCUGUCGCAUUAAAUUAAUCAAUAAUUCACGCGGGGAGACUAGUUUGCUGUCAGCGAAUUUAAUGUGACAGCGCGACGUCGUAAUCGCGCGCCAACCAAGAUGGACGAUUCGAAGCGCGAUUGGACUCUUCGAGGAGCGUACUAGGAAACCUUUUUCUUCCUCGCGAAGAUUUUAUCUGAAUAAAUUCUAUUCUCAAAAUUGGUACUCGAGACAAUGAUAGUGCACUAAAUGUUUACUAAUUAUUAAUUCACUAAAACGUUGGGAUAACCCAAGAAGCGAAAGAAAAUCUGUUUCAUGCUUCUUUUCGCGCCUCUUUUUUUUAAAGCGUAAUCGGAAACCAUUAUAAUUGUUCUAUUUCUAAAUGAUGUAUAUCUAAUCUAAGAGAUCUUGCACAAAUUUAUCUGAACGCAAUUUGAUCGCCGUCGUGCAUGCAAAACGAUUUCUGUUUCUAAAAUGCAGCAACUCGCAACAAGAUGUCUAAUCUUCCAUCCUAUAUGUGUGUCCAACAAUAUCUUCAUGUGUAUACGUAGACACAUGUACCGUUUACCGAUUUAUAUCCUGUAUUUUUGCCAAUAACAUGUAUUUUCUGUAUUUUUUGUCAAAUGGCACCUUCGUUAUUCGUCUGUACCAAAUAAAGACUAUUCGGUGAAGUAGCGCGUUGAUAUCUAAGGACGGUCUCGAGCAACGACCAAGAUUUAGGACACAGCGUUUUCUUGACACGCGUGCACACGCACACAAACAUGUAGUUUAUUACUUACAGUGAUACAUAUUCGCAGUUCAGUACCGUAAUAGAGGGAGAGAAAAAGAGGGGUUCACCCCCUCCAGGCGAUCCGCCGUCAAUAAGGGCGUCAAUUUAGCAGUACAACACUUUGUAAGCACGAAUUUCGAAUCGAAAAUUUGUUUGUAAUGGAAGAUAAAAAGCCAUAAAUUAUGCUUGGGUAAAAGACAAAUGAGAAACAAUUAAAGUGAUGGAACUUUUAUGACUAACUCUUUUUUUUUUGGAGUUUUCCUACACUAGGAAUAUGUUUUCUGUUGGUAACGCGGAAAAUUUUGUCUGUUGUAGCGAGUAUAUAAACACAUUUUGAAUUGAGAAAGAUUUCUGACAAUUAGUUUAUUGGUAGUUGCUAUCAAUUUUAUAAUAAAGAAGACGUAAGGGGCAAAGCCAGUUUACUACGCCACUGCACAUGUUAGCAUCACGAGGACAGUUUGUACUUAAUGGUUACCACUUGAACUAGAUUUUAUGCAAAAUGAAAGUCAUCCUGAUGAUUCGAUAGAAAAAAAAUUUACGACAAAGCUUGUACAGCUUCUCAAAGAGGAAUACUCUACAAGAUGAAAAUAAUAACAAUAAUAAUAAUAAUAAUAAUGUGAAAUAAAUCAUUCUAAAAUGUGAAACUUAGGAAAUCUCGAUCGCUUUCUCUCUCUAUACAGAUCUUAUUUAUAUAUAAAAGAACAGAGAAUAUAGAAAGCGUAUUUCUGGAGAUUCAAUUUGAACUAUCUAACUGCAAUUGCAGCUGCAGCUUGUAGUUGUAAACUGCACAGAGUUAAGUUCUGGCGAAACGCGUACAGUUUUCUGUUGCUGCUAUUAGUGAUGUGUGACAUCACGAUCGCGUAACGCAGAUGAUGACUACCGGUUAUAUAGAGAAAGACAAGAUAAACAUAUAAAAUCUUCACAGAAAAUGCAUGGCUCAUAGAUUCAGAAAGGCUAAACGAGUUGUACAGCUGUGUCCACAAACAUCAAGUCAGAAUUAACUGAAAUUUAAUUGAUUUUCUAGAAACCAAUGUAAAAAAAAAGUAGAGAAUUGGUUGAACGAAUCGAAUAACCAUUAGUAGAUUCGAUUGGACGCACUAGCGCGCGGUAAUAUUAGUAUAUUAAAGCCGUUACACACAGUUCUAAUUUGAGUGGAAAAAGUGAAAUACAAAUAUUUCAAAUGCCUACAUAUUUUAUCAAACGCACAAAGCACAAUGUAAUAUUGAAAAUUUCUCAGUUUAAUCUGUACGUAUUUUAGAUAAAAUACAGAUUGAUUUACGUUCCGCAACAUACUUUGACCGAGGAACGUUCUAAGAAUGUACGAACGUCCACCGGACAUCAUCUAGACGUUGUUAAGACAUUCCUUGAAGGUUUGCACUGUAUAUAGGAUACGACAGUUUUAAUGUGCACCAGUGCGCACUAAUGCGUUCGGCCGAAUUCGCCGUACGAUCGAUUUUUGUAGGGAUGGAGUAGCCGCAACAUUAUGCAGCAAUUUUGCAUUGUAAGUAAACAGUGAAGGAAACGGCAGCCUCCAUCCGUCGUGAGCUCGAGAGUGACAUGACUGUGUAUAUAUGAUGUCAGUCCGCAUUAUCGGGGCGAAAAGUAGGUCUAGGGAACCAGCUGACCGAAAGAGGCGCGUGCGCCAUUCGAAACGCCCACCUAGCGAUCGUGCUUCUGGAAACAGCGAUUUCGCAAGAGUAUAAUAAACAGUCACUCUACAUACAUAUAAAGCAACCCGUCGUCGCGUAUUCACAUGCACAAUUUGGAAGAUUUUAUGGGAUUUACUGCAAGACAGUUUUUUCGAAACCGAAUUAAAAUUGGACGAAAUAACAUUUAUGUACAUGGAAACGUACUUGAUAUGAAGUAUUCGCCGCAGCAGCAGCAGCAACAGCAAAAGCAGCGAAAGUCGGAGAGCAGCGACGCCGCAUCCAUGGACGCUACCCUCAGCCGAACGUCGCCAUCCGGCACACAAGAGCAGCGCAAAGCUUCGUCGACAUCGUCGUCGACGCGGGCGCCCGUUUGCCGUUCGCCGUCCACCGGCAUGUUCGCCUGGAUGCGCGUGUUCCGACUUGCAUCAAUGUUGCAUCAGGUCGGCUGCUAAGGCUCAUCCUAGCGAAUAUGGACCGUGAUGAACGAGAAAGAGAUGGGAAGAGAAUCAGAAAGAAAAAAGAAACAGCCACUAGAAUCGUAUAUACUUUAACAAUUUCAGAUUAAAUAAUUAAUAUCGUACAACACAGCGGAGACGCGCGUAGCACACGGACGCGAAGCGGCGACUCUAUUUCGUCUUCCUUCGCGUCGCGACAAAUAUAUAUAUAUAUAUUUAUAUGUAUGUGUAUAUAUAUGCAUGUAUAUAUAUAUGCAUAUAUAUUUAUGCACGGCCGAGUCAUUAAUAUAGGGACACGGCCAAUGUCGUAGCUCGAUCAAAUAGUGCAUUACGCGAAGACGAAUCGCCAUGUUGCGAUUUGCCGUGUACAGAUGUCGUUGAGAUGUCGUAAUUUGGGUCGCGCCCGCGUUACAUCGUCUGUCCUGAUGUAAAAAGAUACGGAGAUGCAUCCCUUCUCUGUCGUAUUUCUCUACGGCUGCGUUCAGAAAGGACGCUGUGAGCGCUAUUCCCCGUCAUUCUAUCUUCAUCGGUCGUUAGACGUGAAAUAAGAAUAAAAUGAAGCAAUAGCGCUAAUAGCACGCUCCGCGAACGCAGCCUAUAUGGAUGAUUUAUUUAGUAGAUAUUUCUCGUACUUCUCCGUAAAGCGGAUUUGUUCCUAUCCGCGCUUCAAUUUAAUUAACUAACGCUGGUUAUUACUCUAUUCUCGAAUCUCUCAUUUCGUAUGAGACUCUCGAUUUGCCUUACACAUGCGAUACAAACAUGCAUAUAAUUAGUCGUUAUACCAAUUCGUUCGUUUCUCUUCUGCGAAGAGUUAGGCGCGGCUCUGAUUGCGCAUACGAAGUAAAAACAAUACGCACGCGUGCGCGUUCCGCAAAUAAUGUGUUAUCUCUCGCAAGUAUAUAAAUCGAACCAUAAACGAGAGCUAUGAAGAAUUACAUGGCAAUUUGAGAUUCGAAGAUAUGAAUAGAUCGCGGAGAAGACAGUUUCGCGGACGACCUGUAGUACGCUUCGACAGGUUGGACGUGACAAAUGACGACGUUAUUCGCGGAACUCAGCCGUGAUUUAGAUCAAUUCGUCGAUCGAUCUUUAAGUAGCACGAGCCUUGACGAAAUCGGAAACGAUUCGUCGCUUAGAGGGAAAGGCUCCAUUCCGGACGAACGCGCGUCAUGGUUCGCGCACGUCGAAUACACGUCUGCCAAUAACAGCGAUAUGAUUUGUAGUCGGAUUACAAAUAUUACAGAACGUGAACUGACGAGUAUGGUUUUGAUCCGCAAUCUUUCGCGAUACCUUCUUGAGUUCUUUUCCCUCCUCUCCUCUCUCCUUUUCUCGUCCCCUAUUGCUCGACCGAUGACGUCGGCAUAUCCCGCUGCGCACCGUGGAUUCUAUUUUUAUAUAUUACAUGUACAAAUGACGAGAGAGCGACGUAUUGUUUCUUUUCCUCUCUCUUUCCUCUGCCCCCUUUAUUCCCCUACUGCGAAACGUCGUGUUUCUUAUCACAAGCAGAAAAAAAAAUAAUGAGACCCGAUUGAUAAAAUGCGCCCCCGAGAAAAACUAUGAGGAAGUCACGCGAUUUCCUCUAAAGUUAUCCAUGAUUACGUCCAAAUCCACUCUUUACACUUUACACGUUGAUUGUCUCGUCACGUUCAGCGCCGAGCUCUAUCGAUGUUAUCUCGUUGAUCGUUACAUGGAUAUAUGCAUAUAUUUUAUGAUUGCGCAGAUUCACAAAUAAAUUAAAUAUUUGCUUUAA